CUCGGCGCUCGGCAACUUGUUGCAGUCGAGAAUUAUCUCUGUGUGAGUGAAGUGCGCGCUGUGCGGCCAUCCAAGCGAGGCCUGGUGGUAGUGGUGGCUAGAUUUUUCGUUCGACCCUACCCGUUGCACCGCCAGCAAAGCGAGCUCGUCGAAAAAAAGGAAAGGCGCGCCGUUUCGCCGCCGACGCUACGAACGCCGGCGUCUCGAUCACGACUGGGACCGUACAAUCGGGAAUUAGCGAAGGAACGACCGCCGUGCCAAGCCGGCGAAGGAGAGAGAUGGCCAUGGAAAGCAUCGAAGUUGACCGGUCCCUCUACGACAUCGGCGACUCGGACCUCAAGGAGCUUUGGGCCCAGGAUUCCUUCGAAUCGCCCAUGGUCGACAUCAGCUCCGAAUCGGACUGGUCCACCAUACUGGACAACCCCAUCAUCCUGCACGACCGCAUGAUGUCGGAUGCAGUCCAGUCGCCACGCAUCCAGUCAGAGCACUCCUACUCCAUGACGUCCAGCGACGAAGGGCCUGACUCGCCGCUCUCCAUAACGCCGCACAUCAAAAUCGAAGACAUGGACUCCGAGUGCUUCCCGGCGGUUCCCGUGUCCACAGUCACCGGCCAGUCGGACCUGGCCGCCGCCGCUGGCGGCGUGGUGGUCAAGCAGGAGCCCAUGAGCCCGCCGCCGGCGCCCCCUUCGAGCCCGCCUCCUCCGCCGUCCCGCAAAACGUCGUCUCGCCUGCUGUCCUCGGCGCUCGCCUCGGCGCCCCUGGUGGCCAGCUCGUUACCGGCCUCGCUGGCGUGCGUCGCCUCGGCCGCGGCUACGGCCGCAGCCGCCACUCACCUUCACCACCACCAUCAGCAGCAGCAGCAGCAACAGAGCCUGCUCAAGCAGCCCACCAUCGUGUUGGCGGCUGCCCGACACGAGCGCCACAUGGUGUACCCGAAGGUCAAGUUGGAACCACCGUCCGGCUUCGUGCUGCCACCUACGCCUCCGUCGAGCCAUAGCAGCGACUCGGACGGGAGCCUGUCCCCCGUGCACAGCACCGAAAACCGCUCACCCACCAGUUUCACAGUGGCAGCCGGAGGAGGCAGUCCCGACGCCGCAACACCGUCAUCUCAGGGCACCUCAUCGGGUCACGGCCCGUCCCACCCCGCCGCGUCGUCAUCGUCCUCCAUGAGCCGCCGCAGCCAGUCACAUUCGCGCGUGGCCGUGACGUCAUCCUCGUCGUCCUCAUCCUGCUCUUCUUCCUCAUCUUCGUCGCGCGGCUCGGCAAGCGGCGGAAGUCAGCUCAUCAGCAACCAGGCAAAGGGUGCCACGGGAGUGUUAAUACUGACAGAUGAGGAGAAGAGGACACUCCUGGCAGAAGGCUACCCCAUUCCCCAACGGUUACCCCUCACAAAGGCGGAAGAGCGCUCGCUCAAGAAGAUACGACGAAAAAUAAAAAACAAGAUAUCAGCUCAAGAAAGCCGAAGGAAGAAGAAAGAGUACAUGGAUUCCUUAGAAAAGAGGGUGGAGACGUUAUUGAGUGAGAACCAAGAGUACAAGAAAAAAGUUGAUGUCCUAGAGAACAGCAACAGGUCAUUGCUGUCACAGUUACAACGGCUCCAGGUAUUACUUGGGAACCCGACAGUGAAGUCCGAGAACCGUUCGACGGCGUCAAGGUCAUCGACGAUUCAUAUGGACUUCGAGACCGACGACGAGCAGGUCGACAUAAUUUAAUUUCCACUGUCGUCUAGCCGUCGACUUCUGUUCUCCGCCGUGAACCGCUGGUCUUCAAGCCGACGCCGUUUCGAGAGUGCGAUACACCUUAUUCAAGGAAUAUGUGUUGGGACACCACGUUUUUAUUUCUCGCGGCUUUCGUGCUGGAACCAGCGGUGACGUACCAAGUGCCUUUCGACGGAGAAGAGCCUUCCUGCGCCGGCUGCGUGUUGCGUAGGGACAAUUUUUCAUCAACACAUCGCUCCGGUUUGAUAUUUUUUACCGUUGGUUCCGUGUACAUUUCUUUUAUUUUUUUCCUUGGUGGUUCGACGUAUUGUCGUUUCUAUAGAGGCCGCCAACCUCGCUAAUCUGGCUGUGCUCGUGCUGCGUUGAGCAUUUGUCGUCUGUGAACUACUUUGUGCGUGCACUAUUAGCAGACGACAAUCCGGGCACGUGAGCAGGCGACGUACUAAGCGCGAACAGACGACACCGCUCGCGGAACCGGUCUGCUUAUUAUAGCAGACGAAAAACCCCAGGCAGUGCCAAAACAAAGAUGGAGAACAGAGCAGCGAAGUUCUUUGUUUUUUCCUCCUCACCUUCUGUCACUUCUGUUACCGAAGUUUUUUUUUUUUAUUUCCUUCCACAGUUACCAUCUCCCUUCUGCGCUCCGGCUACACCGAUGUUUAGAAGAAACUUCUCCGCGAACGUUGGUUGGAAACGUUCGUGUGGGGAAGUUACAGUCUAUGUUUAUAUUUUUUACAGCGCCGUUGCCUUGAUGAAAAUAUUUGUGGAAUGCAUUCCUUAUCCUUUGUUUUUAUUUCAUAUGCGAAAUGCAUCAAGGCAACAGCGUCUAUCACUUUCGAUAUAUAUAGUUUUUUUUGUGUGUGUAAAUAGUCGCAUAUGCACUCAUUGUUGCUAGGAACGCUAGAAGAAAAGAGAGAAGACAACCACCAAAGUUAUCAUAAGCGUUCUUUUGAAAGAUGAUUGGCGCCCAGCAAUGUGCCUCUCUUUCUUGUUUUCAUGUACGAGAAAUGACAUUACAAGUGUUUUAAUUUCUUUUAUGUUUUGUGCAAUAGCUUAUAGAGCUAAAUGAGACAUUCUGGAUAUAUCGAUGCCCUUCUUUGGACAUUUCAUGUUCACCUUCCGGCAUUACGUGUUACGUUGUACUUCCUUUUCUCUCUUUUUGUCGCAAUCACAAAUGUUCGGCUUUUUGUUUAUGUUCUGGAUUUGUAAGGUUUGGGAACACUUUUUUUUCUCAUGUUACUUGACUCUCUGUUCUCUUUACUUAUUAUGAUUGUUAUUUCUUUGAGCUCACAUUCCUUAUUUUACAGUCGUUUUUAUUUCAUUUUAUGCUGUGUUGAAACGUGAGAGUUCCUCUCUUGAGGGAUGUGUGGUGGCUGGCUGUGUUGACUCGGAAAAGCUAGUUCUAUCAAAUUCACAUUUUCUUUAAAGCUCUAUCAAUGAAGGAGGGGCGGUUACUCCACAGCAGCUCAACAACGAAACCCUCUACAAGCUCCAGUCUUAACCAUGCGACAAAAACCCCGCAGCAAGGGGUAAUGCAUUUAUGCUCAAGUCAUUCGUGGAUACAUGAAAUUUGGCAUUAGGCUUGGCGACGGUCUCCAAAGAAAAGCAUUUUUUAAAAAAAAAUGUUUGCUUCAACUAGCUUUGGCCAAGUCGCUGUCUUGACCUGUAAACGAUUGUCAGUUGAAUGAUUUUUUUUUCAUCUUGUGCUGUCCUCUCCUGACGUUAUCUCUCUAGAUAGUAUUUUUAUUUCCUGACUUGGUGACGACAAAGUUGCAGACGAGUACCUCUGCUAUGACACUGCAGCACUUGACAUAGAAAACACGAGAGAAACAGAAUACUUUUUGACUAGUCCUUAGCGCACAAAAAGAGAAUCAUUAUCAAAUGUCACUUAUAUCACACGCGUGCAUCUAGACUUUCUAUUUUGUUCUUUUUCUCUUUGUCUAUUCUUUUUUAUCAUUAUUGCGAUGGCGUGUUGCAAUAGACGGGAUCACGUUUUUCAGAGGAAGUGUGUGUAUGUCAGAGAUUGCUUCGACGAGAGGGCUCACAUUUUUGUGCAUGUUAAGGCAUUCACUGUUUUUUCUUUCAUUUACAUAUUUCACUCCUUCCUUUACCCUUUUCUUAUUUCGCGAGAUUUCUUUAGUUUUGAAAGAGUGCGCGUCAACUCCUUCCGAGCUGCGAAUGCUCUGUGUGAUGUGUUAACCGUUGAGGGAUCAGGUGACGCUAACGUCAGCCAACAGGCUUCAUCGGAACAUCGUGUUAACAAUGCGAACAUACGUUGUACAAAGCUGUGGAGUCGUUCGUCGAGUACUUUCGCUUCGAAAGGUAUUCCAGAGGCAUCUAUGAGAUUUCGGUGUACAAGUCUGGGGCAUGAAGUUCAUAGAAAUCUAACAAGCACAUAGAUGUUCACAAGGCCUGCGAAGGAUGCAGUCUGUGUGUUUCAGGUCGUAUCGUGUUGAAUUUACUGAUCAAAUGCCUCGACAUUUGAAAAUACCAAAAAAAAUUAUCGCUUGUACUGUAUUCAUAUUUGCAUAUAAAAAUGGGCAGGCAGCUAUUUAGCACCCGUGCAUAUGCGCCUCAACUUCAUAUAUGGCAGCCAGUGUAGGCUGCUCACAAAUAAUUUAUUGUCAUCGAGCAAAGAACAUUGUAACAUUGGUUCACACCGUUAGCAUCACUUGUUUCCCUCAUCGUGGCGAAGUUGUUUGGAGAAUUUUUUUUUCUUGAUUGGCGGGCAAAUCGCUUUCUGUUUUUCGGUGAGAGUGGGCUGUAGAGUUGCAAGUCAUUCCUCAAUGUGCCCUUCAUGUCCAACCUUCUUUGUCAAAGACUCUGGAUGUAUCGCAGUUUGUCCCAUACUAUCAGCGCUUUAUAAGCUCCGUCUACGAAUGCAUCACAUCUGGGGAAAUUCAACAAUUACAAGCCCGCUAUCAAUUUCAUGAUGUCCACAUUUAUCGUUCGCUGUCUGUGGCUUCAACCACCUUCGUUGAACGGUCCUCAGUUCGUUUGGAAGCACAAGCGCGUAUCCCCCGAACCGUCAUUGUCUUUCAUUUCCCGGUACAUCCUCCCUACUAUAAUGAGGCUGCCAAUCAGUCUAUCAAUCAAUUUUUAUUCUUUCGACAUGGCCAGGACCGAGGUCAAAAUGUCCCUGAAUGAGUUUGAGAACAGCUGUAUUGCGACGCGUAGAGAAUGUUUUGGCGAGAGCGCCAUCUCUUCUGAAACAUUUUGCAUGCAUCUACAGAGUUGCACUUUCUACAUUGGAAACCUUACGAAACUUCUGCAAAAUGAAUAUAUUUGUUUGCUUCGUCAUUGGUAUCAAUUAGCUUUGCUCACAAUUUAGACCGUGGAUCAACCGGAAAAGCUAGGCCUGUCCGAGACAUGGGCCCAGCAAAAUUACCAUACCGACUGCCGUGUUAACGUUCGGAAGCCUUGCACUUGUUUCAAAAAUUUUAUCAUUAGCGCACUUCGGGUAAAUAUGAUCACCAAGGCGACACGCUGCUUGGUGUUGAGAACACAUUAAGUCUCGCUUUAUUAUUGAAAUGUUCUCAACUUUAUUUCCGGACACUGUUGCAGCCAAGGUUAACAAGAAGGGGUUGUUUGUGGCAAUGUGGUCCUUUCUUUUUCUCCAGGCGGGUGCAUUCGGGUUAAGAUGUUUUUUCUUAGCUGUCCCUGCGACAGGUUUCUCAUUCUAACUAUUACCAUAUGCCUGCCUUAUCUAGGUGCUGUACUAUCCUUUACUAAUUUGGGAUGAAUACGCAGGAAGAAAAAAAAUUUCUAUUAAUUCAAUGAAAUCGCAGUCGCUUGCAACUAACCUCUUUCAGGUUGUCUUGCGUUAAAUCUCAGUAUGUAUUGUUUUUA